UGGGCACGCAGAAGGCGGGGCUUGUGGGCUGGCAGUCGGGCACGGGAAGGUGACUCCUGCGGGGACUCUUGAAGGACGAAGAGACGUUGGGCAGGAGUGGUAAGGAGAAGGGGCUCAGGGGGCACCAGUUUUGCAGGUAGCUUUGGCGUGUCGUUGGUCCGCCGGAGGAAGCCUGGUGACGCCGUGGUUCGGGGCUCAGCGGCUCACUGAAAGGUCAGCGUGGAAACCCCCCCGCCGGUCGGAGGGAGGGGAGAAAGAGGUAGCCUUUUGCCCUCUCUCCGCCUUCAGAUCCAUCCUGUCGCAGAGACUCCGUGCCCUGGAGCUGCCUGUCAUCUGAGGUCCCCUUGGAGCCAGGACUGUGUCUGGCAGAGGCCAGGGCUCAUCGUGAGUUUCCAAGCCUCUCCAUGAAUGAGACAAACCAAACCACGCUGGGGCCCCUGGAGCUCCUUACAGCGUCCGCUGCGUCGUCGCCUGAACCAGGCCCCGGGGCCCAGGGCUGGCCAGUGCUGCUCGGGGUUGUGCUGGGCGCCGUGGCCCUCUCCCUCCUCAUCGCACUUGCUGCCAAAUGCCACCUCUGCCGCCAAUACCGGGCCAGCUACCGGCACCGCCCGCUGCCAGAGACAGGAAAGAGGAACUGCCCAGAGGUGGGUGAAGAUGAGGAGGAUGACGGCUUCAUCGAGGAUAAUUACAUUCAGCCUGGGGCUAGUGGGCUGGGACCGGAAGGUAGCAGGGGGCCCUUCUCCCUCUGAGCCUUGACCUCUGUACCCCUCACCCCUUGUCUGACAGCUGUAGGAUGGUAGGUACUACAUUGGAGCUGGAACCUCGGGUCCGAGGUGGCCAGGGUUUAGGGAAAAGGACAAUCUGCCCUUUCCCCACCACUGUCCAACCCAUCCAUCCUUCACAGUGGC